UAAAUUUAUUAGUAAUAGAAAAAUGUUGAAUUACUUGGUAAACAUAUCAUAAGGGCAAAAGAAUGUGAUAAACGGAUAGAGAAACAUAAAUAAAGAAACAGAAAAAGAGAAUUAAAUAGAAAACACUGUCUACUUAUAAAAUAGUUUUCGUUUUCGUUGCAUUGUUCACAGUUGAGUGAUGAAGAUGGAUAAACGAAGAUCGAUGUUGUUGCUCAUUGGCAUUUUCAUUUCUCUGUUAUCUUCUGCUCACUCCUUUUAUCUUCCUGGCGUUGCUCCUCGCAAUUUUCAAACUGGUGAUCCUCUUAAUAUCAAAGUGAACAAGCUGUCAUCUACAAAAACACAGCUUCCCUAUGACUACUACUUCUUGAAGUACUGCAGACCUGCCAAGAUUGUGAAUAGUGCGGAGAAUUUGGGGGAGGUUCUUCGAGGUGACCGCAUAGAGAAUUCAGUUUAUACUUUUCAAAUGAGACAAGAACAACCAUGCCAAGUGAUUUGUAAGCAAAAGCUCGAUGCUGAAUCUGCAAAGAAAUUCAAGGAGAUGAUUGAUGAUGAAUACAGAGUUAACUUGAUUCUGGAUAAUCUUCCAGUUGCAGUUCUUAGACAAAGGCGGGAUGGUAUCCAAUCAAUUACUUAUGAGCAUGGUUUCCGUAUUGGGUUCAAGGGCAAUUAUGCUGGGAGCAAAGAGGAGAAAUAUUUCAUCAACAACCACUUGAGCUUCCGAGUCAUGUACCACAAGGAUCCUGAAACCGAUACUGCUCGUAUUGUUGGGUUUGAAGUAACACCAAACAGCAUCAAUCAUGAGUACAAGGAGUGGGAUGAAAAGAACCCUCAGGUGACAACAUGCAAUGAGAAUACAAAAAAUUUAGUUCCAGGUAGCACUGUUCCCCAAGAAGUAGAGAAGGAUAAAGAAGUCAUAUUCACCUAUGACGUUUCUUUCCAGGAAAGCAAUGUAAAAUGGGCUUCUCGUUGGGAUACAUACCUGCUCAUGAAUGAUGAUCAGAUUCACUGGUUUUCCAUCAUAAAUUCCCUUAUGAUUGUCCUAUUCCUUUCUGGUAUGGUUGCGAUGAUCAUGAUGAGAACUUUGUACAGAGAUAUCGCAAACUAUAAUCAAUUGGAAACCCAAGAUGAGGCUCAGGAAGAAACAGGAUGGAAACUUGUUCAUGGGGAUGUUUUCCGUGCUCCAACUAAUUCUGGGUUACUUUGUGUUUAUGUCGGAACUGGUGUCCAAAUAUUUGGUAUGACACUUGUGACGAUGAUUUUUGCUCUGCUUGGUUUCUUAUCACCUUCGAACCGUGGUGGGCUUAUGACUGCUAUGGUUCUACUAUGGGUAUUCAUGGGCUUGUUGGCUGGCUAUUCUUCUGCUCGUUUCUACAAAAUGUUUAAAGGAACAGAGUGGAAAAGGAUUACCUUGAAAACUGCUUUCAUGUUCCCCGGAAUACUUUUUGCCAUCUUCUUUGUGCUGAAUGCUCUUAUCUGGGAAGAGCAUUCCUCUGGAGCAUUGCCAUUCAGUACUAUGCUGGCUCUAGUGUGCUUGUGGUUUGGGAUUUCAGUACCUUUAGUCUUUGUUGGCAGCUACCUUGGUUACAAAAAACCAGCCAUUGAAGACCCAGUCAAGACGAACAAAAUCCCUAGACAAGUACCAGAGCAAGCAUGGUACAUGAAACCAGCCUUUUCAAUACUCAUUGGGGGCAUCCUUCCUUUUGGAGCUGUUUUCAUCGAGUUAUUCUUUAUCUUGACGUCCAUAUGGCUGAACCAGUUCUACUACAUCUUUGGCUUCCUCUUCAUAGUUUUCCUGAUCUUGAUAAUCACAUGUGCAGAGAUAACUGUUGUGCUCUGCUACUUCCAGUUGUGCAGUGAAGACUAUAAUUGGUGGUGGAGGGCUUAUCUGACUGCUGGAUCCUCCGCUUUAUACCUUUUUCUCUACUCUGUAUUCUAUUUCUUCACCAAGUUGGAGAUCAGCAAGCUGGUUUCAGGCAUAUUGUACUUUGGUUAUAUGUUGAUCGCGUCAUAUGCCUUCUUUGUGUUAACUGGAACAAUCGGCUUCUAUGCUUGCUUCUGGUUCGUUCGGAAGAUCUACUCUUCAGUGAAGAUUGAUUGAUCAAAGGAGAGCUCAUAGUUUGUCGUUAGUAUAGUGAAAAGGGUCUGUAAUCUGAGUUCUGAUGAUGCCGAGAUUUGGAAAAAAGGCACUAAAAAUUUUCACCCCGUAGCACAUUGGCCGAAGUGUAAGUUGCAGCCUGUAUAACAGUUCAGUCCUCUGGAAUUAGCUUAGGCUUUGGCUUGCAACUUUCUUAUCUUCUUUUCCUUUACACUGUUGCUAUCUUACUUUUAAGCAAUUCAUCUGGUAGAUCCUGAUAAAAGAAGUUUGUCCCAAAGUUAUAUGAUCCUUGAUUGAUAAGAUUUUUCAACAAAA